ACCCUAGACUUGCAGCUGUUCAGUGGAAAGCAAACAAAUUUAUUUAUUUCAAACUCACCGGUACAAGUGCUUGCAAAAAGUUAUUAACAUAACUGUUGAGUGAUAAUAUCUGAUAAUUGUUUAAAAACUAUAAAAGAACCAACCAGUAAAGGUUGCUUUGUUUGUUUUUCGGUUUUUGUAUAAAUAAAACAUGAGCCUCCGGGAAUGUGGAUAUCGGCUCCUGCCGGGUCUCAAGUGGCUGCAUGGCUACACCGGCCAGGAUGCAGUGGCGGAUUUGAUAGCAGGAGUUACAGUUGGACUCACAGUGCUGCCCCAGGGAUUGGCAUAUGCCACGUUAGCUGGAUUGGAGCCACAAUACGGCCUGUACUCGGCUUUUGUGGGCGGCAUCAUUUAUGCCAUGUUGGGCAGCUGCCGCCAAGUGACAAUUGGACCUACGGCUUUGCUGGCUUUGAUGACCAGCCGGCAUACCGGAUUGGGAUUGGCAUCUGGGCCUGCAUACGCAAUACUCCUGUGUCUUAUAUCUGGUAUAGUGGAGCUCGGAAUGGCAGUGCUUAAGCUGGGUGCAUUGGUGGAUCUAAUUUCACUGCCGGUGACUGUGGGAUUCACCUCAGCCACUGCUGUCAUCAUUGGAACAUCGCAGCUGAAAGGCUUGCUGGGUCUGCGUGGAGGAUCUGGAUCUGAUUUUAUUAACACCAUGCGCUCGGUUUUCGGAAACCUCAACAACGUGCGACCAGGCGACUUUACCCUAGGAUUGACUUCCAUCGUAGUUCUCUUGCUGUUGCGUAAACUUAAAAACGUAAAUCUAAACGGAAGAAUCACAAACUUACGUGCACAGCAGUUGAUAAGCGGUGGCAUCUGGGUCAUCGCCACCGGGAGAAAUGCGUUAAUAGUUCUGGUGACCAGUAUGGUAGCUUACAAUACUUGCGAGCAAAAUGAGGAUUGUCCCUACAUCCUCACCGGAAAGGUUAAAAGCGGCCUGCCCAACAUUUCACUGCCCAAAUUCGAGACCACGAUUCUGGAUAAGAAUGGCACCGAAAUCACUCAGAACUUUCAACAAAUGUUUGCCGAAUUGGGUCCUUCCAUGUUGGUACUACCCAUUAUCGCUGUGCUGGGCAACGUGGCCAUCUCGAAGGCCUUUGGCGGAGCUGGACUCAGUGCCACGCGGGAGCUAAUUGCCCUUUCGAUGAGCAACAUUUGUGGAGCCUUCUGCAGCUCCAUGCCGGUGACUGGAUCCUUUUCGCGCAGUGCUGUUAACCACGCAAGUGGUGUUAGGACUCCUCUGGGAGGCUGCUACACGAGCAUUCUGGUUCUCCUGGCUCUUGGCCUUCUGGCUCCCUACUUCCAAUACAUUCCAAAGGCGGCACUCAGUGCGGUCAUUAUUUCGGCGGUUAUAUUCAUGAUCGAAUUCGAGGUCAUCAAGCCACUGUGGCGCUGCAGCAGAAGAGAGCUGCUCCCGGGUGCCAUCACCUUUGUAAUGAGCCUUGCUGUGGGCGUCGAAAUUGGCCUCUUGCUGGGCGUGAGUGCCGAUGUGGCCUUCCUGGUUUAUCGAGCUGCCCGACCCGUACUGACUGUCUACAAGCUGCAGACCAGCCAUGGCAUCAACUACAUUCUGAUUCGUCCGAAGCACAGUUCACUGUACUUCCCGGCCAUCGAAUGGGUGCGAUCAGAGAUCUCCAAAGCAUUGGCCACUCACGGAAUCGCUCCUGUUGUCCUGGAUUGUGCUCAUGUUCACGAUUUCGAUUUUACGGCUGCUCGAGGAAUGGGUUCGUUGCAGAAGGAACUUUCCAAAGCAAAUGUGCCCUUGUUUUUGAUGAGUGCUCAUAAGGAUAUUGGUGUUAUUCUGAAAGAAUCAACCAACAUUGAUUUCCCGACUAUAGAAUGCGCUGAUGACUUGGAGUUCCUGUUGGAGCAAAGUGAGAUUAGAUUUGCUCCCGAGUACUGUCUGCAUUUGCAGAUAUCAACUCCACUCGUUGAAUCGCGUCUGGUACAUUGCGAUGCUGGAGAGCCCACUGAACUGAGUAAACUAAAUGGAAAUACUUCUUAAGAACCAGGAUAUUGUUUGUUUUAACUGUACUUAAGUAUACGUUGCGGCACAAGUCUUAUUUAUGUCACCUUCACCUGCAUAAUUCUUUGCAAUAAUUUAUAAAACUCGCAGCUCUCUAAGCUUUUCCUAUUCCCAACUAUAGUAUUUAAUUCAGUCCACAUUUCAUUUGCAACUCUUCCAUUCCUGUAUCCUAAAGUUUCCUCGAUUAAGUUAAUUUCAAAAUGUACAUACAUAUAUAAAUAAGUUUUUAUAAUUGUUUUAUAAGUUGUUUUUAACUACUUAACUUUUAGGUAAUAAAAAACCAGCUUAAAAUUAUGCACUGAAA